AUGAACCGCAUUCGUGCUCCUCCUCAAAUAGUUGCCCCUCCUGGUCCAGUGGCGGAUGUAAUUCGUCUGGAGCUAGAAGCUAGAGAGGUGCCUCCUGGCCGAAGGAUGCUCGGCCGAGUUUACCUCUCAACAGUCCAGCCGUCUGUUGUGGAACGCAUUAAUUUAGUGGUUGCCAAGGCUACAAUUGUCACCCACCCCAAUGAAAACGUGCAUGUGAGUGAUAGAGGAACAACCAGUGUCACCCAUCUUCCAGUCAAUGUGAUACGUCCAGCGUCCCGUUCGCUUGUUGGUAGACAAGCACUCACUGCUAUUCGACCCGCGCCAACAUCUAUCACAACUCUAGAUCCAGUUAUUAGACAACUAUACUUCCAACCUGGCCAAUUUGCUAUACCUUACUUGCUCUACAUGCCUGAGACAGAAAUGCCCUCGUUUGCCUACGCUCACCCCGAAACUGGAUGUGCUUUUGUCGUUAACACCGCGUUGCGACUAUACCUCUACCUGAGUGGUGCACUUUACAUAACCCAAGCAAUUCCAUUAUGGUUGCCUGCACUUGGAAGUGAUGAUCAUUUUAUAUCCUCAACACAUGAGAACAAAUUCCAAAUUGUCUCCCCAAGGAAGUACUAUCUUAGAGGGGAUGAAGUGAAAGUCGCAGUUGGAUUUUUCACUGAUUCAGGAAAGACUCCUGAGGCGAGAAUAGUUUGUCGCAUCACUUGUCGAGCUGGAAAUGUGGUUGAAAUGCUUGAGAUUGUGGAAUAUAAGAAGUUGGAGGAAGUUCAACCACCUGCAUCUGAAGUGCUUCGAGAAAUGGGUCAAAGAACUGGCACUCGAUGGAAAAAAAUGUAUGAAACGACUGAUUUGGUGCUGGAAGACUAUUUGAGUAACUCUUACAAUGCUCCAGAGUUUAAUCUAACUUAUUGGCUACAGGUAAAGCUUGAUAAUAAAGAAUAUGAAGCUCCAAUUGCUCUUGUUGAUUAUAUGGCAGAGGGAAACUUCAAACCACCUCAAAUCAGUUCUGAGUAUCAGCGGGAAUAUAACUGCUCGAAUGAUGACUACAUUGAUGCAAUUGACUAUCAAUCAGCUUGUCUUCAAAGUUCGCAAGAUAAUACUCCAACGGAUAUCAAUGAGGAUUGUUUCUUUCUAAAUAUAUUUGUCCCUCAGAAGGAUGACAACAAGUCUCUAUUUCCGGUUUUAAUUCACAUUCAUGGUGGAAGUUUCCAAAUGGGUAGCAGCCACAGCUAUCCAGCUCACGCUCUUGCAUCUACUGGCCUCGUAGUUGUGACCUUCAAUUACCGCCUAGGCUUACUAGGCUUCUUUCCCCCUAACACCGACAAUAUUCCAACAAAUAUUGGAGUGAUGGAUCAGAUCCUAGUCAUGGAAUGGGUCCAACGACACAUCGAUCGUUUCUAUGGCAACCCAAAAGAUGUAACUAUAAUGGGUGAAAGUGCUGGUGCGGCAAGUGUUGCCAUCCAUAUAGUUUCUCCAAAAGUAAAAUAUAAAGGUCUGUUUUCUAAAGCGAUAAUAAUAUCGGGUUCGGAUAUGGCCCCUUGGGCUUCCUUAGCCUAUAAAGACAAUAAAUCGGAUAAUUUAACCGCAAAAUUAGCCAGUGUUCUUGGCUGUACGCACAACGCUACCAGUGGUAACGAUGCUGGCGUAUGUUUGAAGAAUGCUUCCUCCUCGGAUCUAAUGGAUGCUGUAGAAAAAAUAGAAAAGGAAUACGAAAGGGAGAUCUGGACGCCAGUUAUUGAUGAAAAGGAGGAAUUAUUAUUGAGAAAACCUUUUCCUCACUUACCUUCCGUGAAACCUUCAUCCAUUCCCCUUUUAAUUGGUGUAAUGGAAUCUGAGGCCUCUAUGCAUGCUACUUACCUUCUCUGGAAUUUCAAAGCUAUUUCAUUCGGUCUUUUCUCUGUAGAAUGGUUCAGAUAUUCUCUCCUGCCCAGCAUGGAACUGACAACUGAAAUGUUUGAAAGAUCGGUGCUGAAGUUGCUGAAGACCUACGGAAUACCAAAUCCCCAUGAUUUGCUUUUAAAAAUAAUCGCAACAUACAAUUGCUCUGGAAAUGUUUCAUCUUGUCAUAACCAAUUAUUUGAGGUGUUUUCCGACUUCUUCUGCAAUGCACCAACUUAUCGAGCUGCCUUGGAGCAAGCCAAGGUCAAUCCAAAUGUGUAUUUUUUCUCAAUGACCCAUCGAAGUCCCAAGGACCUCAGACCAUCAGUUUAUGGUAUCGUAUCCACCAAUAGCGUGAAAGCUAAUUAUUUCGAUUGCUAA